AGUGUUUUUACGGGGGCCCCAGAGGCAGCAGGUGGUUUGGGUGAAGAAUGUGAACGUGCUGGUUUGUGGUUCAGACUCUUGGAACAUGGCAGCUGCUAAUGUCAUCUGCAAACACAUCAAAAACAACCGCAGAGGAGCAAAGGUUUUUGGGAAGAGCGAGUUUAAGGACAUAAUAGGAGUGUCCAGGGUGCACGAGUGUGUCGAUGUGAGGUGCACAGGGGCGGAGCGCACCUUGGCCGAGUGUCUACUGUACAAACCUCGCUCCAUCAGUGAAGACACAUCUGUUGCUACGGUAACAUGUUACACAAAUGAGCCAGCUGUAGGCAAGGACGAGUGUGACGGGUUCCACUGUGUUAAUGAGAAGUGUGUGUCGUGGGAACACAUCUGUGACGGAGUGGACGACUGUGGGGACAACAGCGACGAAAUGUGCUGCACAGGUUGCCAAAAUGGAGCCUUUUACUGUAAAAGUGGAGUGUGUCUUCCACCGUACGCCGUUCAAGAUAAGAUCCGGGAUUGUCUCGGAGGGGAGGACGAGAUCGAUCAUUCACAUAAGGAACACUCAGGAUUAGAAGCAUCAGUGUCUGUGGGGAAAUCUGAAAAAGAGGUCUGGUCAGAUCCUAAAGAAGAUAUCCUGAAGAUGCGCAAUUACACAGAGACCCUGGAGUGUGGGAUUCCCAACAUGGACUAUGUUUACAAGACAGAGAAAGAAACGGGGUUCGGACCCAAAUUCGAAAGUGAUGCGUGGGGAGAGGAAACUCUGCCGACUCAGAUACAGUGGCACGUGGCCGUGCAGGAAGACUCCAAAAUCAGCUGCAGUGGUGCUUACCUCGGCGGCUGCUGGGUUCUGACCGCCGCCCACUGUGUCAGGCAGAAGCCUCAAUCAUACCGGACUAAAUUGUCCUUGUGGAAGAAGUUCUCCUUUCUAAGCACCACUGACAGCAUCCCUGUGAAAAACAUUAUCAUUCACCAAGACUACAACCCGCGCACCAACGAGAACGACAUCGCGCUCAUCCAGCUGGAGGAACUGGCCUAUGAGAAGGAGUGCCUUCACCCGAACCCUGCUGUACGCCCCGUUUGUGUGCCCUGGUCUCCUCUGCAGUUUCCUCCUAACUACACCUGCACUGUCUCUGGCUGGGGACACGACAAACAGGGAAGCAAGGUGAACAUCCUGAGGUGGGCCAACGUGAGCCUUAUCCCUAACUGCGAGUCCUACUACAAGGAGCGGUAUCACAAAGGAAUGAUGUGUGCAGGUGAUCUGGAAGGUAACGUGUACUCUUGCCCAGGCGAAUCAGGAAGUCCGUUAGUGUGUAAGGAUGCGAGCGGUGUGUCGUACGUGUGGGGAAUCGUGAGCGGGAAAGAUAAGUGCGGAGAACCUGGCUUCCCCAGAGUGUACACUCAAGUGGCUCACUAUUUUGAGUGGAUUCGGCAGCACACCGGCUGGUCCGCAGUCACCAAAUACAACCAGUGAAGUGGAACCCGACGCACCAUUCUCGCCAAUAAUGCUAAUUAUUAAAAUAAAAAUGCCAAUUAUUGCAAAA